AUGCAGUGCUUUGUGUGCCUGGCGCUGGUGUGUGUGGUGAUCGUCCUACCGUCUGGGCUUAGUCAGGACUCCUGCAGGGUUCAGGAUGGCAAACCAGGGGACAAAGGAAUCCCUGGCAGGGAGGGCUUACCUGGACAGAAGGGAGAGAAGGGAGAGCCUAGUCAUUUUGAUGGGGAAGGAAUGGUGCGUGGGCCAAAGGGGGACCAGGGCAGCAAAGGCGAGCCGGGGGAGAUCGGCACGAAGGGGUACACCGGCGACCUGGGGUCACAGGGCCCCCCCGGACUACCCGGCCCCAAAGGGUCCAACAGCGGAGGCUCUGGCAUCCCGCAAAACGAGCGGUCAGGAUUCUCGUUGUCUCUGACCGUAGAUGACCUUCCGUCCAUCAACAGGCCCCUGAAGUUUAACACCGUUAACGUAAACAUCAAUGGAGACUUUGACACCACUGAGGGCAAAUUCACUUGCAAGAUUCCAGGCAUCUACUACUUUGUGUUUCAUGCUAUGUCUGCACAAAACAUUUGCGUGAAGCUGAAGAGCGACACACUUUCUGACCCGCUGAGCUUCUGUGACUACAACACCAGGCAGAUCAAACAGGUCAUCUCUGGUGGCACAGUGCUGAAGUUGUCUGCAGGUCAGAAAGUGUGGCUGGAGCCUUUCAAGGAUGAUCACGAUAGUUCACCUUCAAAAUCAAAGAACAGGUUCUUUGUGUUCAAUGGAUUCCUUGUCAGUGCAAUUGCAUAG